UUUGCAACCGCAGUACAUGUUGAUCGAUCGGUUGUGAUGACUCUCCUCGACGAGUACUACCACAAACGAACCCAGCUUAUUGCAAAUGAUCGAGCCCUUCGCAUUGAUGUGGUCAAUGGAGAUCGUUUCUCUGAAAAAUCGCGACAAGCAGACGUGAUCUUACGCCGCAUCCGCGAGGAGGAGGCAAAGUCGAUUUGGGCAAUAGAACACGAGGAGGUCCCUCAUCCGUUCCCCGGAAUGGAGUUCCUCACGGGAAAGGAUAUCAUCCUCAAGACCCAGCUCUUCAAUAUCAUCACCAAGAUGCCAAAAGGCGCACUGUUGCACGUACAUCUUGAUCUCACCGUCAACGGCAAUACCUUGCUGGCGCUCGCCUUACAGCACACCUCAAUCCAUAUCCGCGCAUCAGCACGAGUCACACCUGGCUCCAUCAAAUCGGUCGAAAUCGAAUUUCGUCCUCUCCCACCCAGCUUCGUUCCACAGUGCAUCUCGCUGUGUCUACCCACCUACAGACCAGGACAGUGGGUACCCCUUCGCCGUGCGCGUGAGCAGUUCGAUGCUGCCUUGGGUGGCGUACAAGGCUUUGACAGCUGGGUCGCACGCUGCCUCACAAUCAACCCAAGUGAUGCAUAUGUGACGCAUAAUAAUAACAUUAGGAUAUGGGACAGAUUCCGCGCAGCUGCUAUCCUCACAAGUAACUUGGUGUAUUUUGCCCCAAUUUGGCGCGCAUAUAUCCGGCAGUUCCUCGAAGAAACCAUUGCAGAUGGCGUAUCUUAUGUAGAGGCGCGUAUCAACUUCAGCCCAAAGUACAUGAUUGGUCCCGACGGGGAGGAAAAUGUCCCACACAAAGAGUGGCUGAGCAUGUUCCAGGACGUCUUGGUUGAAUUCAAUGAGAGCCUACGAGCACAAGGAAGAGAUGAUGGAUUUAUCGGUGCUAAGAUUAUAUAUUCUGUGAUCCGGGACUGCGAGCCUGAGGAAUUGGAGUGGUAUCUCCACGACUGUAUAGAGAUGAAGAAGCUUUUCCCUGAUAUCAUAGCCGGUUUUGACCUUGUCGGGGACGAAAAUAUUCUACGCCCACUCAAAGACUACCUCCCGCAGCUUCUCUCUUUCAGUACCCUGCAGACCUCUCAAGGACUCCCAGAACACCAUCAUAUCCCGUUCAUAUUGCAUGCGGGUGAAACCACUGGUGACGGGUCCAUAGCAGAUGACAAUCUGUACGACGCACUGUUGUUAGGGACGAAGCGGAUCGGACACGGGUUCUCGCUUGUGAAACACCCAAGGUUGAUGUCAAUGUGCAGGGAACGCGGUAUAGCGUUAGAGGUCUGCCCAAUUUCAAAUGAGAUCUUGGUGCGUUAGCCUCCCUCCCUUCACCUCAUCCUAUCCAGGCACUGAUUACGUGAGAAACGAGUAGAGAUUGACGGCAUCGAUGCCGAUGCAUCCUCUCCCAAUCUUGAUCAACCAUGGUGUACCAGUGGCACUAAGCUCAGAUGACCCAUCGCUGUUCCAGAAUAUGGGUUUGAGCUUCGACUUUUUCCAGGUACUUGCAGCAAGCGAAGUUACUGGCCUGCUCACGCUGGGGCACAUCGCACGGGACAGUAUCCAGGUACACAUCUCCCCAUUUCUGUUCCGCUUCAGGCAAAGACUGAAUGUGUUCGGGCGCAGUACUCGAUGCUCACUGCCGA